AUGGAAUCCUCCUGCAUAGCAUUUCAUGGAAUUAAUGGCGAAAAUCUUCAAGUAGAGAGAGGCAACACCACCACCAACAACAACAACAUCUCCCCAUUCGGAAAGCGCCGCCCAUCGUCUCGCCGUACUCAUUCUUUCUCAUGUUCAUCCUCCUUCGGAUCAUCAUCAUCUUCCUUUGACGAUUCCUCACCUUUAAGUCCAAAUACUCCUCUUCGAUUCUCCGGUAUUCCUUUCUCAUGGGAACAACAUCCAGGAAUCCCAAAAAAGUAUUUGAUCAAUAAUUCUGUGUCUCCAGCUUCUUCUUCAAAAACCAUCCCAUUGCCUCCUCCCAAUCCAAUUCCUUCAAAAAGAUUCAAUCUUGAAUCAAUUUUACCAACAAGAAAGAAGAAGCAGUCCGAAGUGAAUAAUAAUUUUCAUUCAGAUCCAUUUGUUGCAGCAUUAAUGGAGUGCUCCAAAGAUCUCACAAAAGAUGGCGUUGAUGAUGAAGAUUAUUGGAAGAUGGAGGAGAAUAAUAAGGGGGCGUCAAGAACAUUAAGCAAUAGACUUGUUGGAUUCGUUGAUCUUCAUGCUUCUUGCAAGAACACAACCAGUUGUGCUGUUUCAAAUUCAACUGUGUUUAUCCCCAAAUCAUCGAACAGAGCAAGAUAUCAUCUCUUGAAUCACCACCGGAGGGGAUGA